CUGAUGCCCCUGGGCAAUACUGUCAGUGCUGUCGGCUUCGCGCAUCGUCCGCACCGCUUUCGCCUUCCGCCUCCCUCAUCCAUCGCUGCUCUGCACCCACCACACACGGCCCAUCAGCUGGGCUCACUCGUCAGCCGCGGCCCACCCGACAACAAUCAUGAAAGCCUGGCGGACGGAGAAAGAGCGCCUCGAGGACGACCUGAAAGAGAUCAACGAGAAGCUGGCAACGGAAGCAGACGACGCAUGCCGGUCGCAGCUGCAGCAGGAGGCGCGUGAGCUGGUGCACAGACUGGCCAACGUGUACCGGGAUGAACACGAAGAUGAUGAUGAUGAUGAUCCGCCGGCCCUGGAGGGGCUGGAUGACAUCCCUCAGGUGCGUUCGCCACGACACGGAUGGUCACAUAUGUGUCUUUCUGACGACAGUCUCUAUGUGGUUUGGUGUGGUGUGGUGUUGUUUUGUGUGGUGUCGUUGAUGCCCACAGGUGGAGAUCGACGCGGGGGUGUUCAAAUAUGCAUUGAUCGAGGCCACGGACCCGUCGACCAAGGAGCGGAAGCCCUUCAUCCGCGGCAGCACCGAUGCGUCCUACCACUACCAGGCCGCCAUGAUGGUCACAGACAGACUGGAUGCCCUCGGCAUCGAUUACGAGGUGACAGGAGGCGGCCGCAUCCGCCACUCGCCAGCCAAUAAGGAGAUAGAGAUCUACGGCUACUCCAACGCAUACGGCCGGGCGGACCAUGCGGUGACUGCUGAGCUGUGCCAGCAGAAGUACCCCAACUACAAAGUCACCUGGGGCAACUAUGGCUACUGAUG